CUUGGUGAAGGGAUCAGGGCAGUGCUCAUAACCCAUGCCUUGGGAAGGCAGAGCGUGCUGGGUAACUGAUGAGACAUUGGGUAAACUAUCCAAGUCAAACUGAAUCAAGACUUUUUGAAAUCCUCUGUGCCAACUUGGAAGUGCCUCUGCUGCUUUUGCUACCGCUUAAAUGUCUGGCGAGGUGACAGAUCCUUUUUGAAACACCAGUAGCCUUGAAUCUGGCAAACAGCAACGCACACAGAACAGUAAAGAAACAGUUUGUUUCAGCUCUUCGGUGAUAUGAUUUGGUGUAGCUCCACUUAGCUUCAGCAGAGGCCUGCCAAGUGACAUCAGCCAAAGAUCUGGCUGCACGUCUCUAGCACAGUGACUGUCACAUGAGUUCCUCAAGGAUCAUGGACGCGAAGGUGCGAGAGGCUGAAGGAGAUGGAGAGGACAAUUCAGGAAAGAAAAAGUCAAAGUUCAAAUCUUUCAAGAAGUUUUUUGUUAAAAAGAAAAGGAAAGAAACAUCUUCUGGGAGCAGCGGUCUGAAGCUUGUCCAGUCAAUGAGCAAUGUCACAGACUCACACAACAUGCACCUGAAUGAUGAUUCUGAAGAUGAACUCAAGACACACAAAGGCACUAUGGGAAGCAGAGCUUUGUCACACGAUAGCAUUUUCAUCCCUGAGGCUGGGCAAGAGCCUGCAAGGCCAGUAAGAGUGUUUUCUCAAGAAAAUGUUUCUGAUCGGAUUAGAGCUUUACAGCUGAAACUCCAGCCUACCAUGAAAUUGGGACCUCCGCCUCCAUUUGUACUUCAUGCAAAGCGAACAGAGGAUGCUGGGACCAGUUCUGAAGAUGAUGGAUUGCCCAGGAGUCCUCCAGAAAUGUUUUUCUUUCAUGAAAACCUAAAUUCAGGCACAAAACCAAGAUUCUCUGACUCUCACAAGCACCUUAGCUCUUUGAGUUUAGCUGGAACAGGCAGUGAAGAAGAAGAACAGGUUACACUGGAUCAUUCUUCUAGAUCUCACUCCACAGACGGUCAGCUGUUCCCUAGACAUGGAAGUGCUAAAACUGGAACUCCCCAGAUGUCUGACAGUACCAUCUCACCUUCAGCCGAUUUUGACACUCCACCUGAGCUUUCGUCUUGCUUAGAUAAUUCUGCUGCUAAACACAAGCUUUUAAUAAAACCCCGGAACCAGAGAUCCAGUAAAAUGAGAAGAUUUUCUCAGAGGACCCAGUCUGAAUCCCUGACAGAUUUGAGCUUUACCCUAGAAGAAGAGGAUGAUGAAAAGGAGAUGCAGACAGACCUGCCAGAUGCUGUGUUCAAACCCAGCGAUCAAGAACUGCCAUGCAGCACAGCUGCAGUGCAGGAUGUGGCUUCCUGGAUGAAGCCCAGAAUGCCUGAGGACCUUCCCCCUGCUUUGAGACCAGUGAUGACUCAGCCUACUUUUGAGUCUGCUGUUGAACAGGAAGCCCUGCUACCAGAGAAUAUACCAGAGGGCUGCCAACCAGCUCUGGAAAUGAUGCAUGUGAAGUCUGAGUCCUCAUCGCUGUUAGAAGGCAAAGACUCCCCAGCUUCUUCCUACUCCAGUCCAGACAGAGAAGUACAAUGGGAGGAAGAUUCCUCAGAAACACCAGUUCUGUUGUCUGAGGUUGUGAGUGGUGUGUCAAUCAAUGUUUUAAAUCAAGAAAAUAAGGAGCUUCCUCCUGUGUUUUCAGUUAAUAAAAUACCAUCAGAAGAGAAUAUUUCAAUUAGCAAGAAUAGUAUUGUUUGUUUGGAAGGGUCAGAGGAAAAUAUACAGAAGGAUGAUCAGAUACCUGUGGAAAUGCCCUGUAAUAAAGAGACAAAGAAAGAGUUUGCUCUGUUGUCAGAAUCCAGCAAGCAAUUUUCCAUAGGUUCUUCCCAGCCCACGGACUCGUUCCAAGUUUCACAUCCUGCUUCCUCAAAGCUGAUGGGAUCAUCUACUUCCUGCUCUCUAGAGAAAACAAAGACUGCACAAGAGACAGCUGCUUCUGCUAAGGAGAACAUUCAGUCACCAGUCCACAGGGAGGAAAUUUUGGGGAAGAAAGCUGAAAAAGCAGCCAAUGAACUCAAUGCCUUGAGAAAGUUUUCUGUUUCCUCAGCACGGGAGAGACCAAGGACCAGAAGCCUGCACUUCCCAGAAAGAUCAGAGUGGGAAAGCCCAUUAAACACUGGAUUCUUCCUGUCCAAACCAAAGGUCUCCUCAAGAAGUGAGAAGUGGAAAGAAGACGUGCAGAAGGGAUCAGAUCUGGAGGAGGAAAAAGGCAGCAACAAAAAUCAGGCUUUGCUGCCAGAGUCUGACUCGGAGAUCACAGGCCAACCUACAGAAGUUUUGCCUGGCUGCGUUUCUCCGGCGGGUGAUGCGGUGCCGGUGCCAAGUGAUUCUUUGGUGGUAUCUCAGGAUCAGCCAAGCUGUGAAGACAGAAGUCCUUUCCCAGUGAAACUUAGAUCCACUUCACUGUCCUUGAAAUACAAAGACACCUCCUCACCAGAAUCAAAAGGAACGAAAAGAUACAGUGCAGAGUUUAAUUUAGAAAAUGAGGGACCGACUUCCAUUCUCAAAAGUGAUAAGACACAGAUGAGAAAAGCAAGUGACACAGAUAGUGGUGAUUCUUUGAAUGAAAAGAUCAAACCCAAAGCAAAGUCCUCAGAACAGCUUAGCAGCAAACCUCCAUUGCCUAAAAAGCCAGCCUUGCAAAACAUCACCCUUCCAAAUACUGCUGCAAACAAGGAGAAGCAGGACAAAGAUAUUCAUCCUCCUGAAUCCAGAAAUGAAGAUAGAGACUUGGAGAAAAAGUCAAGUCCUUGUAAAGUGCCUGAGAGAAGCCUGCCUUCCCCCGUGGCUGCUGGAGAUGCUGGAAGAGGUCCUGACAGUCCUGCAGAGCCAGCCUGGAUUUCCAUAGCAAGACAGAAGCAGAGGGGCAUGCAGCAGGAGCAGGAACUCGACAGAGAAAAACGUGUGGCUCUGGAUGUUAGGUCAGAUGCAGAGAAACAGAAUAAAGAGAAGGAACAAACAGAGGGGUCAGUGAAGCAGCAAUGGAGCAAACCUUCACACAUGGCACCUAAACCCCCUUCUGAAGAACAGAAGAAAGAGACAAAGUCUGAAGUGAAGGAGCGACUGUUGAGAACCAACUCAUUGUCACAUGUCCCUGUAGCUCUCUCACCAACACUGGUGGAUAAAGAAGUAAUAAGUCACUUCAAGAAAACCAGUAACACUGCUUUGGACCAGCCAUCAUGGAUGGAACUGGCCAAAAAGAAGUCUCAAGCGUGGAGUGAUAUGCCACAGAUUAUAAAAUAGAACGAUGCAAACAAACAGCAUCUUUCAUAAUCAAGUCAGCUACUUAACUGAACUUCUACAGACCAGCUAAUCACAGUGAAGAAUCUCUUGAUGCAGAAGAAGGGUUUUAUUAUAGAGCUGUGGAGAAAGCGUGCAAUAGAUGCAGUCAAAAAAGUUUACCUUCAACUUCGUAGCAAUCAGGAUUGCAAUGGCAAUGGAUGACUUAAAUUAUGCUAAGGACAUACUUACACUUUGGAAAUAAAACCUUUGCCUUACAUAUUUCUUGUGUUUUCUGCUUUUAAAGACAUUGGCAUUGAAACAGGAUCUUUGCUAAGCUUUGCUGAACUUCUGUUGUUGCUAGAAACUUCUGUGUGUUAUGGUUUUUCUCUGUUUACAUUUAUAAACUGUGCACUCACAUCCUGAUUUUGUUGCUGUGUUUCACUGGAAUCGCCUGACACUCUUUUUAUCAAACCUGU